CAACGAGCUCACAAACGUUGCCCUGAAUUCCCGUAACAGUUUGGAAUCUGUGAAAGAAACCCAUUACACGUUAAUAGGCGAAAAGCCUAACAGAUCACUUCGUCACAGUUCCUCCCCAGCUUCCCCGGAAAAGUAAGAUUACACUCCCAACGCCGCCGCGAAUACCUUUACCCACCACCACCAUGGCGGCCAUGAUCCGAGCUUUCAGAUCCUCCUCCUCCUCCACUUUGACUAAUUAUUUUAUCUGGAGGUCUCUAUCCACGGCGGCGUCAUCAUCCGCCGCACCCUUGAAAUCCGAAUCCUUCAGUCCCUUUAUAGAUACUAAGGACAAAAAUGUUCAGUGGGUGUUCCUGGGAUGCCCGGGCGUUGGAAAGGGCACCUUCGCCAGCCGCCUCUCCGCUCAGCUCGGUGUCCCCCACAUCGCCACUGGAGAUCUCGUCCGUGAAGAGCUCUCCGCCUCUGGCCCACUCUCCAAACAACUUACAGAGAUCGUUAACCAAGGGAAAUUGGUAUCUGAUGAGAUAAUUAUAAGCUUAUUGUCAAAGAGGCUCGAGACAGGAGAAGCUAAAGGUGAAUCAGGAUUUAUAUUAGAUGGAUUUCCCCGAACAGUUAGGCAAGCAGAAAUAUUGGAUGAUGUAACGGACAUUGACCUGGUGGUAAAUCUCAAGCUUCCAGAAAAGGUACUGGUUGAGAAAUGCCUUGGACGAAGGAUAUGCAGCCAAUGUGGGAAGAAUUUUAAUGUAGCAUAUAUCAAUGUCAAGGGGGAAAAUGGAAAUCCAGAUAUUAGUAUGGAUCCACUUCUUCCACCUCCACAGUGUGUUUCAAAGCUUAUUACUCGUUCUGAUGAUACUGAAGCUAUUGUUAGUGAAAGACUUCGGGUAUACUAUGAGAAGAGUCAGCCAGUGGAAGAUUUUUACCGUAGUCAAGGGAAGUUGAUGGAAUUUAAUUUGCCUGGAGGUCUCCAGGAGUCAUGGCCAAAGUUAUUGGAAGCGCUUAACCUUGAUGAGAACGAGGAUGAGCAGUCUGCUGCAGUGUAAAUUUUCCUCAAUUGCUUUUCACGGGUUCACUGUAUGCCAAAAUUUUUGCAGAAAACAUAGAGCAUUUAUAUAUUUAGCUUUAGUACCUUACCUUCACUUCAUUUUUCUCUACUGAAGAAAAAUAAGAACCAUGGAGCUUAACGCAGACAUUAAUCCUGGUGCGUAUGUUCAGUAUUUGUUUUUGUUUUUUUUUUUUUCUUUUUUCUAAGAGUAUGGUUGUAAUAAUUACCCAUGAGGGUUGAAGAGCGAUACAAUUCAAUAAUCCAUAAUAUAUUAACGGGGGUGUCCUCAUUUCAGAGUUUAAUAGAUUUCUUAAUAUUUAUAAAUUCUCAUGGAUUGUGUGAAAUUUGAUAGAAUUUAACAGAUUUCAUAAGAUUUGAA